CUUUCUUCUUCUUGUUCCCUCAAUCGUAUCUCAGUGACUUCAUUGUUAUACUCUCACAUCCAUCAAAAUGUCUUCCGAGCAGACCUUCAUUGCCAUCAAGCCCGACGGUGUCCAGCGCGGACUCGUUGGCCCCAUCAUCUCUCGCUUCGAGAACCGUGGCUUCAAGCUCGUUGCUCUGAAGCUCUGCUCUCCCGGCCGUGAGCACCUCGAGAAGCACUACGCUGACCUCAAGGAGAAGCCCUUCUUCCCCGGUCUCGUCUCCUACAUGCUCUCUGGCCCCAUCUGCGCCAUGGUCUGGGAGGGCCGUGACGCCGUCAAGACCGGCCGCACCAUCCUCGGUGCCACCAACCCCCUUGCCUCCGCCCCCGGCACCAUCCGUGGUGACUACGCCAUCGACGUUGGCCGCAACGUCUGCCACGGUUCCGACUCCGUCGAGAACGCCCAGAAGGAGAUCUCCCUCUGGUUCUCCCCCAGCGAGCUCCAGCAGUGGAAGCACUCCCAGUUCGACUGGAUCUACGAGAAGGCCUAAAUUAUUCCGGCCAGUCCUGCGCCUGAGCGCCUGCAUCCCGCUACGAGUUGAGAUGUAGAGUACCUCGGGUGAUAUUAAACUCCAAGAUCUCAUGAGAACUAGAAAUACCAAUAUAAAAUAUAUUCAUGAUCUAUAUGCCACGCUAGUAGUACUCCGUACAAGGCUUAAACCCGUCUAACACUAUAUCAUACAUACAUACAGGGU